AGUGAAUUAUUAUCACUAGGCAAAUACAGCACCUAUAAAAGACGCACAUUUUUUUUCUUUUCGACAGUUGUAACCCGGUGGAUUGCUGAACUACCAAUUGGUGAAAAUGAUAUCUUCUGCAAUUAAGUUGUCUGUCGCAAUAUUGCUUUUAAGCGGCUUGUCUGAACAAUCAUUAAACACUGGUCCAUGUUCAAAUUACACAGUUCCCGUUGCACGGUCAUUUACUCCAGAAUCAUUAUGUCUUAAAACUUGGUAUCUGAUCUCUACUGACGAUGAAGGAUUGCCGUACCAUCUGUCGGGCUGUAUCAAAUUUUUUCAUACAGUAUUUCUCGGCACUGGAAAUGUGGAGACCGUGGAAACGGCUAAAAAUUUGGAGACAAAUGAACGUACAGUGAGCAUUAGUUCCAUGAAAUUCUCAGGCACCGACGGAACCUACGUUUAUACAACAGAAGGUGUACCAAGCCAGGAUACCAAAAUCCUUUUAACCGAUACUAAGACCUAUUACGUCGAAUUCAGUUGCGCGGAUGAAGGCAGUGAAGCUAAUUGCUACGUGGGAAUCUUCUCAUCGGCUCCAAUAAUGGAUACUGUAAAAUUGGAUGCAAUUCACAAUUACUUGGAGGCAUACAACAUCAAAAGAUCGAACUUUAGAAUGGUUGAACAAAGUCCAACCAUAUGUGGUUUGUAGAAAUGGUGGACUGGAUAUCUGAAAGUAGGAAUCCAGUUUGAAAUUGUUAAAUUUUUCGCUAGGAACGGUAAUGGAAGAAUUUUUCAAUUUGUUUCAAUUUUUCUAAAUUCAAUAAAAUGAGAACGCCUCUAAA